CUUAUUCUUUUUGAAGAAUAGUAAAAAUAUAUUAACUGAGAUAACAGUUUAUUACAUCAUCGUCAGGGGCAUACCCCUGCUGCUUAACUAUUUUCAUCAUAAACACGUUAAAUCAGAAGUACAAAGAUCACUAGGUGCAUUAAUGCAUAUCACACUUAAAUAAAUCAUUCAAACUUAUUUAACCAAGAUAUAGCAUAGUGCAACAUCUUCAAAAAUCAAUAAGAGAAACAGGAUAUAGCUUGAAAAGCACCUUGUACACCAAAAUUUUGAUCUACAAGUAUACACUCUCCACACUAACCUCUUUGUGUGCAAAAAUAGUCUCGUUUCUAGCCUUCCACACAGUAUAAACAGUACAACAAAGAGAUAAUCGGACUGCCUUACUCAUGAUCCUUGCACCUCCAUAAAGCUUGAUGCACAUUUUAACCGUGCUGAGUAAAGUGGUAGUAUUGCUUUUGAAUCUCAGCCAAAUUCCAACUCUUUGCCACACAUCUUUAGUGAAUGGACACUUAAAGAAGAGAUGUUCCACUCAAUCUAUCUGUAAUUUGCAGAAACAACACCUUCUCUCUAUAUCCAUGUACAUCAGGUUGUCACAAGUCGACAACCUAUUUCCUAACCCAAGCCAUACAAUAAAUGAGAACAUAAUUUAGGAGGGAUAUAUUUCUUCCAAAUCAUAUUCAUCCAAGGUUUGCUAUGAGCUUUGGUUCUUAAGAUGUCAUACACCUUACCAGCGUUGAUCUUUCCAUUAUCACAAAAAGAAUAAAGUCUAUUGAUCAUUUCAGUUUGCCCACCCAUCACUUUGAACAAUUCAUCCCGAAUCUUGAUCAAUCUGGUCAACAAAGGGGACACCCCAACUUUUGGUAUUCAGUCUUAUUCUUAUCACUUAUUGUGUAUUCUUAUUUUAUUGAGAUUAGAUCGGAUCGUAAAGAUUCAGAUCAUAUCAGAUCAGAAAGAUUCAGAUUAGAUCAUAAGAUUCAGAUCAUAUAAGAGAGAUUCAUAUCAGAUCAAAUCAGAAAAAUUUAGAUCAGAUUAGAUCAUGAAAAUUUAGAUCAAAUCAAAUCAUAAAAAUUCAGAUAAAAAUCAUUCAGAAAAGAACAACUUCUUAAUCUAGUUUGAUCUUGUAUACAAAAAACAUCUAUUGGAGGUGUUUGGAACUGCUUUUGCUUCUGCUUUUUUUUAAGGUAGAAAUAGAAUCAGAAUUUUAAGAAGCUGGUCCCCCAACUUCUAAAAAACUAAUUCUAGAAGUGUAAAUUAGAGCACCAUAAUCACUAAUGGACUUUCACUCAAAUAGUUUUCUGAAAGAGCAGAAACAGUUUUAAGAGUCAGACUCACUCGGUUUCCACAAUAGUUGUGUGAAGUGUGAACAUACAACUAUGAUAUAGAUAAAAUGCGUUAAUGGCUUUGCACAAAAAACAUUUUGCUUGCGUAUACGGAGACACGGAGUAUUAUAUUGCGCGCGCCUGCGCGGGUCAAUUCUGUUGCCGUUACAUUUUCCCGUGUACAAGGAAUUCAUACUGAUACUAGUAUAUUUUUUCAGGUGAAAGAAAUUCCAGAAACCUUUCUGCGCACAAAUGAAUACAUGAAGUCGUUCGUGGAUCCUCUUGUGGAAGAAACGCAUGCUGAUCUGUACUCAAGCCUGACCAACUCACUCCGGAAUGCUCCCGCUUGUGAGGUCGAAGAGCUGCUAGUGCCAUUGCCAAGCAAGGAUCUUGAUCAGCCGAAAGACCCGAAACCUUCGAUCACGAUUCUGUUGAAGAGAGUUAAGGAUCAUGGUAAGUGGAUAUUGCCGUAUAAACCACAGUCCGGAGACCUAAUCGCUUUCUCUGAUAUCAGGCCGAAUCGCAUUGAGGAUCUUAACAGACCAAAGAUACCUUAUUUCUUAGCUGUAGUUCAAGGACAGGAGGAAGAAGAGGAUGAGGAAGAAGAAACUGAUUUGUUCCCCAUCCUGCCAUCCAAGCCCCUUAGCUUCCUCGAAAGGUUAGCUGAGGAUAGGGAAAAGGGAAAUACGCUUUUUAUUGUUUAUCUCACUAAUCUGACAACAAACAUUCGGAUAUGGAUGUCUCUAAAGGGGGAGGGGAGGACUCCGAAGGUGAUGCUCCCAAACUUCCAGAUUAUUAGGACAGUUCUGCACAGUAGCCGUCCUCCAAAUGAUGAAGGAAAUUGUUCUCUUUGCUUUGGUAAGGGUAUUGAUGAUGAUGAUGCUUUAACAUUGAAAGCUAAGACUGCUGUGAAGUUAUUCGGGUUGGACAGUUCUCAGGAAGAAGCUAUAUUGAGAUGUGUAAAAGCCAGGCAAUGCAAGCACCGAAAGUCAGUGAAGCUAAUAUGGGGUCCACCUGGGACUGGGAAAACCAAGACGGUUGCAUCCUUAUUAUCUGUCCUCUACAAUAUGAAAUGCACAACUUUGACUUGUGCCCCAACAAACAUUGCUGUUUUAGGAGUUGCAAAGCGGCUAAUGGAACUAGUAAGGGAAGCUGGUCUCGAAUGUGAUAGUUAUGGUUUGGGAGACAUCGUCGUGUUUGGUAAUGGGGAGAGGAUGAAGAUCGAAGAUCACGAGGACCUGUGGGAUGUGUUUCUGUCUUAUCGUGUUGCUGCGAUUAAGAAAUGGGUGUUACGUCAUCGGUGGCAAUCUGUUCUGAUUGAGAUGAUCAAAUUGCUGCAAAAACCUGAAGUGGCCUAUACAGAGCACUUGAAACAAGGGGGUAGUAAUGAUGAUGAUGAGGAGCCCCAGUUGGAGGAAAAAGAAACUGGAGAGAUGAAAAACAAGGACUUGAAGAAAACAAAUACAAACAAGGGUUUGAAAAAGUUUAUUGUUCAGAUGGUGAAGAAAGGCAAGAAGAAAAAGGCAAGAGACGAACCUUUUUCUUGCAAGAAAAAAGCUUCAGGAUUUUGUUAUGACAAUGUAGCCAAGACCAAGCAGGGGGUAAAGGUUUGUACCUUUGAGGAAUUCUUUAUGAAAAGGUAUAAAUCCUUGACUGAGCGAUUUCAGUGUUGUGUGGAGACCUUUUGCACUCAUUUGCCCACUUCAUACAUCCCUUUGGAAGCACUAAAGAAGUUGUCAGGGGCACUUGGUUCCCUUCAAACUCUUGGAGGAUUGUUGAUGUCUGCAGAGAGCCAUGGAGGACUUAGUGAAGGCCUUAAGGGGAGUGGAGCUUCUUCUUCUUGUAUUUUCAAGUGGAAGGAUGAAUAUGAUUCUUUGCAGAAAACAAAACCAGAAUGUAUUGCUCUGCUAGAAUCUCUUCGUACCUGCAUUACUCUACCAGAUGAUUUGUCUGAAGACUCUGAAACACAUAAAAUUCGGGAAUUUAUUCUGAAACAUGCAACUUUGAUAUUCUGUACUGCCUCAAGCUCAUACACAUUGCACACAGAAUGGAUGCGACCAAUAGAACUGUUGCUAGUUGAUGAAGCAGCUCAGCUUAAGGAAUGUGAGUCCACUAUCCCCUUGCAGCUAUAUGGUCUGCAACAGGCUAUACUAAUUGGAGAUGAGAAGCAACUGCCGGCUAUGGUUCAGAGUAAGAUUUGUGAGAAGGCUGCAUUCGGCAGGAGCUUGUUUGAGAGGCUCGUUAAAUUAGGACACACAAAGCAUCUCCUCAAUGUUCAAUACCGAAUGCAUCCCUCUAUUAGUUUAUUCCCAAACAAGCAGUUUUAUGAGAAAAAGGUGAUGGAUGGUCCUAAUGUAUCAAAGGAAGGAUAUGAGAAACGGUUUCUUCAAGGAGAGAUGUUUGGACCCUUUUCUUUCAUUGACAUAAGAGGAGGAAGUGAAGAUCGUGACAACAGCUGUAGCAGUAAAAACAAGGCUGAAGUUUUUGCAGUAGCUGAGAUUGUUGCUAUGCUCCACAGAGAAUGCUUGCUUUCAAAACAAAGAGUUCGCGUAGGGUGCAUAUCACCGUACAAGGCGCAGGUGUUUGCCAUCCAGCAAAAACUUGGGAAGAAGUACAGCACAGACAUUGACAGUCAGUUCUCUGUUAACGUGAGAUCGGUUGAUGGCUUUCAAGGGGGAGAAGAAGAUGUUAUCAUCAUCUCCACUGUGCGGUCCAAUGGGAGUGGAUCAGUUGGCUUCUUGUCCAACUUUCAGCGCACCAAUGUUGCUCUAACCCGAGCAAGAUAUUGUCUAUGGGUCUUGGGGAAUAGCUGGACCUUGAUCAAUAGUGGUUCUGUUUGGAGGGACCUGGUGGUAGAUUCUAAGGUCAGGGGGUGCUACUACGAUUCCUGCAAUGACAGCAACUUGGCAAAAGCAAUUGCAGAGGCUGCUUCAUCUGAUGAUUUAUUUAACAAAUUUUCAGCAAUGGAUAUAGCCCAAAGCCACAGAACUGCAGGAUAUAUGAAGGUUUUCCAAAAGAAUAGAGCUCGGUUUUCUAAAGAACUUUGAAGCAGCAAAUAAUGAUUGU